CAUGUUGAAGCGUACAUGGCAGAGAUAAGGAAAGAUACAAAACUAAGCACGUUGGUAAAAAGACAAAACUCAAAUCAAGGAGAUUAUAAUCAGCACUACCGCUGGAAGAACAGCAGCUAAAAUCACCAAUGACUUUGUGAAGGUCUUUCAGUGACGUUGGAAAAAGAAACCAGUCUUUCAAAUUCAAAUGUGAAAAUAAACUAUCACAUAUGCAUAGAGAUUAGAAAAUGCAGAAUGAUGGCGUCGAACACAACAAAAGUCAUCAACGUUUGUCCAGUGUGCCUGGAUUCCAAACCACUAAAGAUAGUUGGCCGAUGCAAGCACUGUUUUUGUACUGAAUGCAUCUUGAUCACUCUUGGAAGCCAUGAAGGUGACGAGUUUCCCUGCCCGACGUGUAAGGUGGAGUGCCCUCGCCCGUGGGACGGUGUCAAGGGAAUGGUGGAUUUCACCGGGGAGGACGUGGCAGUUGUGGACACUGUGGUGAAAACAGAACAAAAAGGAGGAUAUGGGGAGAGAGAGCUUCAACCAAUGGGUAGAGGGAAGGCUGGGGCAGAAACAGAACGUCCUCCGAACAAAAGAAGAGGACUAGGGAACGGAGAAAAGAGAGAUGGAAACAAAGCGGGUAUUACGAUGGAUGUAAAAUGUACGAUCUGUCACCACAAGAAGAAGGAGGUCCAAGCUGUGAACUUGUGCGUCGAAUGCGGCAACCUUCAUAUCUGCGAGGAGUGUACAAAGGUCCAUGCGAGGAAUAAAGCGACGCAGGGACAUGUCGUGGUGCGGUUUAGGUCUGAGACGAAGCAGCAGGAUGCCAUGUGUGAGAAACACGACUCCUCUUUGAACAGUUUUUGUCAUGACUGCGUAACAGCUGCGUGUAUGGUCUGUGUUAUGCUUGACCAUGGAGAGCACACCGUGGAAAAGCUUGUAGAUGUUGUUGACAAAAAGGUUGCUGAAAUGAAAGUCACUUUAGAAAAAAAGCAGGAAAAGCUUAAAGAUCUCAAGGACUUGAAGAAAGACUUAGCACAACUGAAACUAAUGGUGCCUGUGGUUGACAAGCAGGAUAUUUUGAUCAAAGAAAUUGAGGAUCAUGCCCAGAAGUGUAUCGAACAAAUCACAAAAUGGAAGGCGGAGUUGAAAGAACAGGUCAAGGUGGACUACAAAGUUGUCAAGGACAUUCCAGUUGGAUUUGAGAAGUUGUCAGAGAUGGUUGAGGAACUGCAGGCGCCCACUGAGAGAGCAGGGAGACUGCUUACAGAGACUGAGUAUGAGCCGGAAUAUCUUUACAAACUGACUGCAUUGAAGCAGGAGAUGGAUGCUAUGGUUGAUGGAGAGGGUUACAUUGAAGAAAAGGGGUAUAGAAAACAGCUACGUGUGCUACAUCGAAAACACCACACCUUUUUUCCGCAGGAAAUACCUUUGAGUUUUGGAAGAUUGGACUGUGCUGAUGAAGAAGAAGAAGAUGAAGAAAUCUUCGAGAAGACCAUGCAAGUGUCUUCAGAGGAUAUGUUUAUUCCAUGUGUAGCAAACCUUGGUCAAAUGUUUGCAGUCGCUCAUCCAACAAGAUUAGGGGAACCAUCAUUGGCCAUAGACAUCUACAAACUCCCUGGCACCCUAAAACACACCUUCAAGGAUCACGUCCCUCCGCUGUAUGAGAUGUCCUCCACUCCCGAUGGUAAACUUGCUGUACUUUCCAACGGUACAGGAGGCACUGGAUGCAGCGUCAAACUGUUUGAUCCAGACGCUGGUUACAUCAGCUCCACCCGUGACAUCGACAUAACAGAACCACUUUCCCUUGGUGUGACCCUACAACACCAGUACGUCAUCCUUGGAGGGAACGAAGAGGGGCAGAAAGUUAUCACUGUUGUUGACAAGAGUGGUGUUGUGGAACAUACACGUAGAAUUGACAAAGACUUCAAGAGUGAAUCUGAUGCAGCCUCCACUGUUGCAGUACAUAUCCCCAAAAGGAUAACAUGUGGGGGAAGAUUCGUCUUCGUCAGCGUGGACAUCUAUAGGGCUGUUUAUGAGAUCACAGACACAGAAAUACAUGUACAUGUACAUGAGACGGUUGUAGUCAAUCAGAAAGUCAAAUACAUAGAUAUCUCAGCAACAAUAUGGGACGAUUUCUUUUUGUUUACUGUUUAUUCAGAUAUGGUUUGGAUGGGCAUGUGCAAGUUGGAUACGGAUGAUGUGAGCAAGAGUGAGUGGUAUUACAGAGGUGGGAGAAAAAUAUGUGAUCUUGAGCCUGGAGAUGAAAGACCAAUAAGGUUCUCUGCUCGAGAUACUCACCUCGUUAUGAGUCAUGGUCAAACAAUCAGGGUGUACAAGAUUCCACAACGUUUGUUAAAAAUUUGAAAUCUGUGAUUGAAUUUGAAAAUUCAAAUUGUAUUUAUGCGUACUGAAUAUAAAUUUCAACAAUGCCAGCGUUUAGACACAUACAAACACUAAACAUACCAAGUUUCAGCAAAUUUGCAUGCAUGAUAACGGCACUAUGGCAUUGUGUAUAACUGCAUUUCUAUUUUCCUGACCAAUGAUUAAAUGCAACGGUGUACCCCUUACAAACAACCUUGGGACUGACAAUGCUGUCCUUAAUAGAGAGGUGUCCUGAUAACAGAGGUCAAGUUGUACAGAAAUGGCCCAUUUUGUAUCUAUGGUUGACAAGCAGGACAUUUUGAGAGGAGAAAUUGAGGCUUUGCUGCCACUGGGCCUCUUGAGUGUUUUCAGAUGGGCAAGUUGUGGUGUGUCAUAGUCAAAAAAUCAAGAUGAUAAAGGCCUACACAGUUAUAACAUUUGAAGACAGUACAACAUGACAUUAAUGUACUCAUGAAGUUCUCAUGACAGAAACUUCUAACAAGGGUGAAUCGCUAUUUUUUUAAACACAAACAGGGUUUCUGCCAGAGGGGGGCAAGGGGGCACUAGCCCUCAUCAGCAAAGUUGAGGGGUUUCAAAAUAUCGCUUUUUUAAGCUAAAUGAAAGAGAUAAGAUAAGGUGUGAAUCACUAUAAUGUCCUUAUCAGUUACUGACAACAUCCGGGAUGUGUCAGACAGUAUCAAACAGACUACUUGAGAGGGAAUUCAUCAGCUGUAUUUGCAUAACAUUUCAACGACAUAUAUUUAUCACUAUCUAUGUAUUCUUUUGCCGAUUUUCAAAAAUUCAUGUAGGAAAACCGGUGUUUUUGCACGUGAGUUUUUGGAUCUGAAAUGCUCGGAAAACGCAUUCUCCGGGCAUCUAGCCAAAAUUUUUUUUUUUUUUUGUAUCUGGGGGAUUCCAGGUCAACCAAUCUUGAUUUCAUUGUAGGCCACGCGAUAUACACACGAUGACUUGUGAUAAAAUACUCCAAAUGUUUAUGAAAUAUAACGCCACACUAAAUCACAUUUUCUCGACAAACCACACAUAGAUGUCUGGGGUCAAACAAUUAAAACAGCUGAGCUCAGCGAUAAAAAUACCCCAAAUAUUUCAAAGUCCGUGCCAAUAUUCGACAACCUCUAACAUGUCUUAUAAUAAUCAGCUGUUUCAAUCUCCAGGCAGGGGUUGAAUCAAAAUAUCACUGGCUGGAGAUCAGUUAAGGUAGCAGACGAUGAAUGUGUCAUGUGAUCAAAACAAAGUCACAUGAUGAGAUUGAGAAAACAUCAACAAAUUCAAGUUUUGGCAAUUUGGUUCAUGUUUAUCUUUUGGCCAGGUCCUUUUAAUGUAUGCUACACAACUGGUAUCUAUUGUACUGAAUAUUGCAUUACGGUGUGUAUUGUCUAUUGUAUUGAAUAUUGCAUUGUAUUAAUUGGUGUGUAUUGUCUAUUGUAAUGAAUAUUGCAUUGCAUUAGGCCAUGGGAAUGAUUAAUCCUGUUUACCGUCCGAGAGAUUUAAAAAGAUGAUGAGGCUUCUUUUCAUUUUUCAUUAUUCAUUAUCGGUUUACAGUCUGAUUUACUGGUCAAAACACGCGAUUCAGCAAGUUCCAGUAAAUGGAAAUCAGGUCGGUCAUCAACAUGAGGCAUUGAAAAAAUGUCAUUAUUAUGAUGAAGAGCCUACCCUGCCAAGUUUUUAUUGUGUUUUUCAAUCAUUUAAGGUAAAGAUGAACCACUGGAAAGAUUAUUUAAAUGAAAAAAUGAUGGCAACAAUAAAAUAAAUAGAUUUUUUAAAAAAUAAUGAAAAUAUUUCAUGUUCCUUCAGAACCCAUGUGGGAGGUGGACGGUAAACAGGAUUAAUAAUUCCCAUGGCCUUAUAAGGUGUGUAUUGUCUAUUGUGUCUAUUGUAAUGAAUAUUGCAUUGCAUGAUAUGGUAUGUAUUGUCAUGGAGGUAAUACCUCCUGGCAUUGUCAACGUUUUUCCGUGGCUUCGCUAGCUCUUUGGUCUUGGGGGGAGAGGUUCAAAAGGCUCUCGAGGGGGGCAAAAUGAUCAAUUUCUUUCGAAAUUUCCAUGGAAAUUCAUGAUAAAAACCACAUUUUUGGCGACCCCUUGGGACAGAGCCCCCCCCCCCACUGGAUCCACUCAUAUUUUGCUCUCUACACGUGCACUUUAUCUUAUGUAUUGUUGUGAAUCUAUAAAUGUAAUAUUCUCCCUUGGUGAGGUUCAAAUCUAUAUCAUAAUACUAUAAGGCGGCUCGCUAAAGUGCCAUUUGGGGGUCGUGUUUCGUCUCGAAAUUUUGCACGUUUGCAGGUGAUAUGUUAUCCUGAUGCAACGUCAUGUUUAUUUUCGGAAAUUUACUUCAGCGGAGCAGUAAUGAGGGAUUUUUAAUCGGACACGGUCAAUUCUCCUUAUCACUCACGGAAGCCAAGCCAUUGCUGUUCAGUUAUGCAGGGGAUUAAUGAAUCACCUGCACUCCCUGUGGGGUGACUAACACUACCUGUUGAACGGCUGGCUGUAGGGGGAUGAUUGGAACAGCCUGUACACGUGUUGACCUGCUGAACCAAGGUUAAUGUUAUUUUCAAUCCACGAUUGUAGGUCACCUGAUCUUCGAGAUUUCGCGGGAAAGAAAUUGUAAACAAACGCAUGUGUGCAGUUCAAAUGUAAACAAAAAUGUAUUUUGAUACUUUUGGUUGCUGGACUUGGGUUUUCCCGCAGUAAGGAGCUGGGGUCAAAUUGAUGGUCUAUCGUAUAUUGGUACUGUAUUAGCCAGAGCUAGCCCUUGAUUAUGAAGGGAUUUUCAAAUUAAGGUUACAAUGGUAUGUUUAUGUGCUCACCACAGCUUUCAAAACUUGAUGUAUCUGAAGAGGCACUCUGAACUUGGCAUGGCCUUAUCAAGGAGCUGCUCACGGUGCUGAACUUCUAGCUUGCCUGUCGAGUUAGUGCCUUGCCCGAGAUCAUGCUACAUGUAGGAGGAGCACGCAUUUUAAAGUUUUAGUAGUGAUAGUGCAAUUGGUCCGAGCCAUUUGGAGGCCGACAUGUGAAGGCCUAUCUGGGUUCUCCUUCAUCUCCGUAUAAAAAGGGGCAUAUUGCUGACUAAGGAACGAGGUAUAUUCACAUUGCCUCAUCAUCUCAUUCGGACCAAUUGAUUUACUUUUAUAUGCACGCAUACAGCACGCCACAGGGUCCGAGUCUGUGGACAAAUGGUUGGUUUAAUUUGUCUCUUCGAUAUUGCUCCUUUGAUAUUGCAUUAUAUUUUCAUUGCAAUUCAAUCUAUUCAAGGUAUAGCCCAUUUGAACCUGCCUGCGCCACGGGUACAAUGCUAGUGAUAAAUAAUUCCGCUUUUUGUGAAUUGGUGCUGCCAACUGGUGUCUUGUAGCAGAACUAAAAUGUCCUCCUCCAAUUUAAAGGGGAUAUGACCACUUCUGGUUUCAAGUUUCAGAAACUGAAGGGAGACGUUCACUCUACCUUUAUCUUGUUACCAUGGAAACUCACCUGAACAGACAAAAAAAGACAACAUUCAAUAAUUUUAGAGAAAUCACAUUUUCUUGUCCAAGAACAAUUAGUCGAAUGGCUCGACAAACCACACAUAGAUGUCUGAGGUCAAACAAUUAAAACAGCUGAGCUCAGCGAUAAAAAUACCCCAAAUAUUUCAAAGUCCGUGCCAAUAUUUGACAACCUCUAACAUGUCUUAUAAUAAUCAGCUGUUUCAAUCUCCAGGCAGGGGUUGAAUCAAAAUAUCACUGGCUGGAGAUCAGUUAAGGUAGCAGACGAUGAAUGUGUCAUGUGAUCAAAACAAAGUCACAUGAUGAGAUUGAGAAAACAUCAACAAAUUCAAGUUUUAGCCAUUUGGUUCAUAUUUAUCUUUUGGCCAGGUCCUUUUAAUGUAUGCUACACAACCGGUAUCUAUUGUACUGAAUAUUGCAUUACGGUGUGUAUUGUCUAUUGUAAUGAAUAUUGCAUUGCAUUAGGCCAUGGGAAUGAUUAAUCCUGUUUACCGUCCGAGAGAUUUAAAAAGAUGAUGAGGCUUCUUUUCAUUUUUCAUUAUUCAUUAUCGGUUUACAGUCUGAUUUACUGGUCAAAACACGCGAUUCAGCAAGUUCCAGUAAAUGGAAAUCAGGUCGGUCAUCAACAUGAGGCAUUGAAAAAAUGUCAUUAUUAUGAUGAAGAGCCUACCCUGCCAAGUUUUUAUUGUGUUUUUCAAUCAUUUAAGGUAAAGAUGAACCACUGGAAAGAUUAUUUAAAUAAAAAAAUGAUGGCAACAAUAAAAUAAAUAGAUUUUUUUUAAAAAUAAUGAAAAUAUUUCAUGUUCGUUCAGAACCCAUGUGGGAGGUGGACGGUAAACAGGAUUAAUAAUUCCCAUGGGAGAGGUUCAAAAGGCUCUCGAGGGGGGCAAAAUGAUCAAUUUCUUUCGAAAUUUCCAUGGACAUUCAUGAUAAAAACCACAUUUUUGGCGACCCCUUGGGGCAGAGCCCCCCCCCCCCACUGGAUGCACUCAUGUUUUGCUCUCUACAUGUGCACUUUAUCUUAUGUAUUGUUGUGAAUCUAUAAAUGUAAUGUUCUCCCUUGGUGAGGUUCAAAUAAUAAACAAUUCUGCUUUUUGUGAAUUGGUGCUGCCAGCUGGUGUUUUGUAGCAGAACUAAAAUGUCCUCCACCAAUUUAAAGGGGAUAUGAUCACUUCUGGUUUCAAGUUUCAGAAACUGAAGGGAGACGUUUACUCUACCUUUAUCUUGUUACCAUGGAAACUCACCUGAAAAGACAAAGAAAGACAACAGUCAAUAAUUUUAGAGAAAUGUGAAAUCUGGAGACAAAAAAAAGACUUUUAAGCACCCUGCCUAUUUAUAGACUGUGUGCUUUUCUCCCAAGCUCUGUUUUCUAGCUGAUUCACUGAAAAUAUCUGGAGUUAACUCUUGAUGAUUUUCAAAUAGUUUCAUUUUUAUAAACGGUAAAGUGCCCUCGCACACUGAAGAUUUUUGUCGCAGAGAUCUGCAUCAUCACUUGCAACACUCAUCUCACAAGAAUCAGUAAUCGCGGAAGCCA